AUGCUGGAUCAACUCUCCCCCGCUGCACCUGCCAGAGUGCGAGUGGUCCUCCUCCCCAUCGGGCAGAUCAAGCGCGCUCGGUUCCUCAGCUUCGUUGACAGAUUACAGCCUGAGAAUGUUGUGCGAUUGGGGGACAUCAGUCCAGAUGGACGGCCGAAUAGGAACAUGUUCUCACCUCUAGCUUUCCCGACGGGAAUGAUUGUGUACGAUCUCACGACUUUCUACCCUCCGAACACCCAUCUCAGCCUCUCGCCCUUCGAGCUGUACCGCGAGCCUCUGGUUAUUCUCGCCCUGGCAGAUGGCGUAGAGCUGAACCAUGUAUCAUAUCGAGGGAAGACGAGAAGGAGUCUCAAUGGAAAUGGACCCCCUCGGCCAGAGCAUAAUAUGCGAGAACUAUACCAGGAUUUGGAGGAUCUCCGGGACAGAUAUCCAAAGGCACUGGUGCAUCAAUUGCUGUUGUUCGACUUCACCUUAAAGGAGAAUGCUGCUGCUCUACCGGAAGGCUUAAUUGCAGUACCACCUGCGGAGAAAUGCAAGAUAACAACCAUGAAGACGAUCAUGUGCGAUAUAUCUUCAAUGCUGCUGGCAGAGAUGACAACACUGGCCAAGUCGCUUCAGGCCUUGAACACCAUCGACUCUCCAAGCAAUUCCCAGGUCAGUCGUCAGCACAAUGGAUCUUCUUGGCCAACAAUACAGGGUGAGAUGCUCUCGCGGCGGAAUUCCCAAUAUUCAUUACCAGAGGAUUCCCGGUCGUCAUCACCGGCUGGAAGUGUUGAUCGGAGCCAUGUCCGAAUGUCAAUGCCUGUUUUUCCACCUGGCGCAGGUUCCAAUUCCUCAACACCGUCUGGUCGGCCUACUACGCCUAUGAAUGGCAUACCAUCUGAUGGCUCAAGUACCUUUGAUGACACUGUGGGCCCAAAUGGUUCCCCCAGAAAUCUACAGAGAAACGUUCACCCUCGCCUAACUCCUGAUCUCCGAAGCUCCAGCAGCGAUCGAGUCUCAGUCCAGGGGUUUGGAUCUAACAGCAUCAGUGAACGCUCAAGAAAUAAAGGCAAGAGUCGAGUUGGUAUUGUGAUAGGCUCGCUCUACAUGAUAGCUGGAAGAUGGGGAGAUGCCUUGAAGGAGUUGAUUGAUGCCGCCUACAUCGCAAGAAAUAACCUCGAUCACUUGUGGCAUGCCAAAGCCCUUGAUAACAUCAUUGUCUGCAUGCUCAUGAUUGCUUGGACUGGCCUAGACUUCCAGAUCCCCCAAAUCUGCUACGUUUCUACCGAUCAGAAAGCAGUGAUCCCAAUUACUGCUGCGGAUCAGCAAAAAAGUCCAACAAGUAAUCGCCUGGUUGCUUUGCAAAACCUAUCUGCACUGCUUCCAGAGCUGUUAGACAGGAUCCUAAAUCUCUAUACCAGAGCCGCCAACAAUACUGGAGAGUCAUUACCUCAAUAUCCAUUCUCCGAGUCUGUGAUCCGGUUUUCGAAGUUACUUUCAGCGAUUCAUCUAGCUGGCGGAGUUCUGGACGACGAUGUCUUGCAACUACUGGUUCGAGGAACGCCCAUCAAAAAAAGCCCGAACCUCACUACACCUCGAUUGAAUAUCCGCCCUGCAAGAACAGAAAUCAUCACUAUCUUAUUCCGAGCAUUUCCAACGACAUCAUCACCAGAGAAUUUACCUGUCGUCGACAGGACUAUAAUUUUGAGUGGAAUUGCAUCGGUCCUUGGUUCAUUAGGCUAUCAUAGGAAGAAGGCGAUGGUAACCCGUGAGUUGGUUUACGUUCUCAUACCAGGUUUGGUUCAGGCGAGACUAAAAGGAGCUGCUGAGAUGGGGGUCCAUCCUGCUGCUGGAUUGGCUGCCCUGAGUAAUGUCAAUGGCAAUACGAACGGGGCAGGAGCCCUCGAUUUGGGCGAAGGAGAUGUGGAGGUUGGAGUGGAUACGUUCCUCGGCUCACUCGGCCAAGCGUAUGGCGUUGUUGCGUCCAAGUUGAGUGCUGCGGAAGACGACUCCAUCGAUGAUUCAAAUGAGGCAACGAUUGCAAGAAUCGUACAGAAUGCCUCUAUCCGGUCUUUCGGUGGCCGAAACCUCAAGCUGGAUGUCCUUCGAUCAUGCAUCAAUUUCUCAGAAGCAUUACCGGAUUUUAACGGCGUUCUGAAGUUUACAGCGGACUUAUUACGGACUGCUGGCAGCGGAGUGGCACCUGGACCUCGGAGUGAGGAUGCAUCGCCUUCGAUGAGUCGAGACGAGCAAAUUCGGCUUGCAACAAACAUAUCAAGAACACUUGGCGCAGCCAGGAACCUGGGCGUCAAGAACUUGACCGCUGAAUACUGGGACGAAUUCCUGGUCAGGGGCGUGGAGCUUGAGGCCUUGGCACCAACUCGAACGCCCAUACCACACACACGCAAUGAACUUCCGGGUGCAUCCGCUGUUGCAGCAUCACGAGAAGUCAACCCAUUUAUCUAUAAUCCAUUUUUACGGACUCCGGAUACUGCAGCCGUGGAUCAUCUGCUGGUUGCUGGAGAAGGAGCGAUUUUCAAAGUUACUCUGCAGAAUCCAUACGAGUUUGAUAUUGAAAUCGAGAAUCUCAGGCUUGAGUCGGAAGGAGCUGAGUUUGAGUCUGGGACACAGAAGACCGUAAUUGGCCCUUACCGAACUCAGAUUCUCACGAUAUUUGGAACUCCAAAGGCUUCUGGCCAAUUGAAGAUAACUGGAUGCGUCAUCCGAGUCAGGGGAUGUAGGGAAAGACGGUUCCCUAUAUUUGAAGAGCCUUGGUCACCCCGGGGAGAAGUGAAGAUCAAAACCAUUGGCGUCGCAGCACUUUUCAAGGAAAAGGAUCGUCCCACCAGUGUUGGCUCAGGCUCCAUUACGGCUACUUCGUCUAUAAUUCCGCCGAAGGCCACGUCCCUAGGACUGAAUGUAAUCGACAGACAACCCGUUGUGAUUGUCAAAUCCACCACUCUGUCCCAGUCUGCAGUCAUGGUAUUAGAAGGAGAGCGCCAGACAUUUUCGAUCACGCUACAAAAUUUAUCGAAAGAAACGCCAGUAGAUCUACUCUUGUUUUCAUUCAAAGAUUCAACGCAAGGACCUCUCCAGCAAGCAAUGAGCAAUCGCGAAGCUUCCGCGGCAGAACUGUAUGAAUGCGAAUUAAUAUAUGCUCGCAAACAAGCCCUGCGCUGGAAGAUGAAAGAUAGUGAGAAACUGUAUAUUGAUCCUGGUGGGACAGCAACGUUUGAGAUGGAGAUUCUUGGUAAGCCUGGGCUCACAAGUGCCGUUGUGCAAAUCGAUUACGCCCAUCUUGGUGUACCUGCCGGUGACGUGCAAGACAAGUUCCACACAAGGCAAGUGAGCCUGCCACUGACCGUUACCGUCAACGCCAGCAUUGAGCUGGCGAGGAUGGAUGUUCUGCCCCUUACAGGUAGCAUUCCGAGAUCUCUUUGGUCGAAUGUCAACGGCGAAGACGAAGAUGAGACUUUCACGCCAGAUGACUAUUGUCUUCUCCUGCUCGAUCUUCGAAACGCUUGGCCGUGCCAGCUCCAGGUUCAUCUUAAUAUCGCCAACGGUGGUGCCAUUGAUGAAGAGAUCCUUCCUGGCAACACAUCCCGUAUAAUGUUUCCAAUUCGCCGGGUCCUCCUUGAAGAUCCAUCAGCAUCGAUACCAGCACUUGAUCCCUCACGAGCAAGACAGUUCGUCGUGAGCACCGGCCGAGUAUCUGCUGAUACAGAACGAGCGAGCCGCGAAGCAUUCUGGUACCGGGAGGAAAUCCUCAAGAUCCUUCACGGCGCCUGGGUUACAAAAUCAGGGCCUCAUAGGUAUGGCGAGAUCGAACUUCGAGGGCUCAGGUUGACUCCGCGCAUGAUUGAAGCCCUCAAGAUCGACGAUAUCGGUAUUGAACUUUCUGUCAACGGUAUUGGAAGUCGUGACUUAAAGCAGGAGCUUUUCACAGACAGCUUCUCUGAGCUCAAAGUCAAGAUCACGAACCGAACUUCAGGUACAAUAUCCCCAUUCCUUCGCAUCCAGCCUUCAAUCAGGAAUCAACCACACAAUAUUUCGCUCGACCUGUCAAAGAAGCUAGUCUGGAACGGCAUCCAACAAGAAGUUCUCCCCGACCUCCCAGGCCACGAAACCGCCGAGAUCCGUAUUGGGCUAACGCCUCUCGCGAGAGGCGAAUUCGAAAUCAGCGCCUCCGUAGAAGAAGCUCGACUCCAAGAGUCUCCCCAUGACGAAAAGCCAACUGAGGGAAGGAGACCGAGAGCAAAUACAAGGACGAUGAUGGACGCUAUUCUUGGCGCGAAAGAGAGGAGGAUUUGGCAUUCGAGAGAGCCGUGCAUUGUUUUGGUCCGGGAUGAGGACAGUGAUGAUGAUGACAAUGAUGAGUAA